AUGGAAGGGGCUUGGAGUGGGUGCAUGGGAUUUGCGCCUGAUUUGCUGCCUUUUGUUGGGAGGCUCGACGAGAUUACGGGGAGGAAGAAGGGUGGGGAAGGAGGAGAGUGGAUUUCUGCAGGCUUUAAAGGGGAAGGGUUGGUUCUUGCUUGGUUGUGUGGUGUUGCGAUUGCAUUGAUGAUUGUUGGUGAUGAGGAGGUUGGGGUGAGGGUGGGAUCCCUGUGA